UCAGCUACAACGCGGAGCCAGGAAUGCUAGAUGCGCCGCAGUCAACGACUUGCUGAGCGUGGAUCCAAGCGAACUCAGCCCCAACAGGGUCCCAAGUCACCUCGGAUCCCGUGGAAACGACGCACGACCAUGGCCGAGGCCGCUGACGCCAAUACACAAGACAGCCCCAAGAGGCCGGUUACUCCUCCCAUGCCAGUUCAGCAGGCAGAUGAAACGCAACUAGCGUUUCUCGAACGUCUCCAACUAUACACGGAGACUGCUGCAGCUGAACUUCGCAAAUGGGAACAGGAGGAAGCCGCCCGCUGGCAGGCGGCUCAAUGCCAGCUGGCAGAGGCCGAGGCAGCGCGUCAGCGGGCCGCAGCAGAAGCUGCAGCAGCCGCACGGUUACAGCAACAGCAGGUCGAGGCAAGCCAAAAUCAAGCCGCCUGCAGUCACCAGCAGACCACCAACGAUCAGCUGCAGACCAGUGUCAGCACAGGGUUGGCACAACUAUCUGCAGUUGAGUCGACGGGCAGUGCAGUUUCAGAGUGCAGCCCAGCUUUGGCCGCUCAAACUAAGCAACUCGAAGAACGGAUCAACCACGUAGUCGCAUCCCUUGGCGACAUCAGCAAGUUUGUGGGGACGUCUACGGUCAGCAAUCAGCUGCAGACGCUCAGCGACCGCGUUCAACAACGAACGGCUGCCGUCGUCAAGGAAUGGAAAAUGCCGAACUUCGAGAUCGAGAAAUUCGACGACUACCACAAGACCGAUCCGCUGCAGUGGUGGAUGGCAUUCAACGGGGAGGCGGACGCACAUCACGUCCCACCGGCACGGCGGCUUGACGCGCUCUACCACCAGCUCAUCGGGGGGGCACAAACAUUCAUGACUCAUAUGGCCGUCACGCUGGAGUGCACCAUCGCCACCCUCCACACCAAGAUACCUUGGGAGGACUUCGAAAAGAAAUGGAAGACCCGGUUCAUGGUCAACAACGACAAAAGGCACGUGUACAAGAUCUUCCGCAUGUUUCAAGGCCAGCAACCAUCACGGGAAUGGCUGAUGGAGUGGCAAAGACUCGUCGGCACCCCGGAGUUGAACCUGCUGUUCGACUCAGUCCGGGCCGAGUUCUUCGCCCGAUCUUGCGAGGCCUUGACAGCUGCCCUUGGCAGCGAAUUUCAGUAUGAGACCUUUGAUGAGAUGAUCUCCAAGGCAAGGGAACUCAUACAAGGUAACCGGCGAGCGGCCAACGAGGCCUGCCAGCAGCCCGGUUACGUGGAGAGAAGCAAAGGUCAGCGGACGCCGUACGUAGCAGCGAUCCAGCAAGGAUCUAGUGAGGACCACGCAGCCGCUUCAACAUCAAGUGACGAAGAUGUGGCAGCAGCGAUACCACCGCAACGCUCAAGAACCCGUGGGGGAAAACAUAAGGAGAAAACAGCGUCGGCGGAUGGAGCGAGACAGUCACCAUGGACAAAGUUCGGGAUCGCCGAAGACAUGUUCAACCGGUCGCCGGACGAGCACCUUCGCUCCAUUUUGGAGCGGCUCCAUAUCGCCAAGUACAAGGGGAACCGCGACAAGAGCGAGUUUGCCCAGCAAGAGUUGGAGUAUUUGGGCCAUUACGUUACGCCGCAAGGCACUCGUCCGCUCGCGGACAAAGUACAAGCCAUUCAAGAUUGGUCGGACCUCGCGUGUGCUAUCGACGUCCGCUCCUUUCUCGGCUUAGCAUCAUACUACAUGCGUUUCGUCAAGAGCUUCCAACGGAUCGCUGCACCAUUGGUGCGACUUCAGUCCCCCUUGGUGCCCUUCGAGUUCAACGACGAAGCCCGACACGCGUUCCAUACGCUGAAGACGGCCUUGGUUCAAGCUCCCGUCUUGAGCAUCUAUGACCCGACCUUGCCAACCAAGGUGACUACGGAUGCUUCCGGCUGCGGCAUUGGCGCGGUUUUUGUGCAACAUGACGACACAGACUGGCAUCCGGUUGAGUACUUCAGCCAAAAGGCGCCGCCCAUCAAUUCCCUGGAUGAUGUGAGGAAGAAGAAACUGCUAGCUUUUGUCACAAUACUCAGCGUUGGCGUCACUUUCUCCUCGGGCGUCGGCGAUUCACGUGGGCAACGAACAACAAUCCGUUGACUUAUUACAAGACGCAAAACACGUUGAGCAGCACGAUCG